AUGUUGCAUACGGCAUGGAUUCCUAGUACAUCGGGCGUCUUGCAAGAUGCCGAGAAGGGGGCAGAUCCAUGCAGGCAGCGGGCGGUGGGAGGAAUGCUUGUUGAGGUGAGGGGUUUCUGGGACUGCAGAAUGCAGAAUGCAGAGGAUGGCAUAACGCAAGGACUUGGUGAAGACAUGAAACGGUGGAUGGGAUGGAAAGUUAGAAACAGAACGAAGGUUGAAGAAGAAGAAUGCAUGGAAUGGCAGGCAACGCAAGGAGUGGUGCAUAAUUGCCCUGCUGCAGAUAAUUCCCCACUAUAUCAACUCUAA